AUGCGUUACGCCUUCCUGCUGCUGGCGCUGGCCACGGUAAGCUGGGCGGCCGUAUGUCGUCACGACGGCGAUUGCGAUAGGCGUGUGAAACGUGACAUCUUCAAAAAGCGCACAGGCGAUUUUGUUGACGAUGGACCGGUUCUCAAACGCCAGGGCCGCCAGGUUGAGCAUGAUUCAGAGCCGAUCCGCAAUUUAAAACGACCGGGCUGGUGCCAGUACGACUCGGAUUGUGGCUUCGACUGGAAGUGCAUCAAGAAGCGUUGUCAUUAUAUGCCACCGAAGGGGAAA